AUGUCGCGACACAAGAAUAUUAGAAAUCUGGACCUAGAUGAAGAACUAUACGACUACGAUGGCGAAGAUUACGAUGAUGGCUCAGGUGAAAUGAGCGAAAGUGAUAGACAUCAGUUAAACGUGGGCUUGCGAAAAGUACGAGAGAUACUGGGCAAUGAGGUAGCAACGGACAAGGAAAUCCAAGAGUCUUUGUGGUACUAUUUUUUCGAUGUUGAAAAGACCGUUAAUUAUAUCCUGAACCAACACGGAAAACCUACCAAAAAGAAAAAGCCCCAAGCCAGCAAAGGUCAAGGCUAUUUCGGAAAUCACGAGGCGCCCAAGAUGUCUGCGGUGGCUUAUGGACUUUUUGCGGAUGCACCUUGGGGGAUGAUUCCGGAAGAUCGUAAGGGGUAUAUCUUUGUCCAACCUGUGCACCCUUUUGGCGGACUCCUCGGAGGCUCGGGUGGACCAGCCGGGGGAAAGACCUCGAAACUUGCAGCAUUGGCAAAGGCUAGAAAGGAAAAGGCAGAUGCUCAAAAAAAGCUUCUUCUUCAGCAGACAUCCUCUGAAGGAGAAAAAAGCACCGCGGUAUCUAUGCUGUCACGUCUCUCAGCAAAACAACCACCUUCACCUGCUCAAGCGCCAUCUUCUGUAGUAACAGCGGAUACUGAUGUUCAAUCAACGAACUUUCCCGAAAACCCAAACAUCAGAGCUCCGCCGCUGCUCACACCGAGCCCCAUACAUAAUCAGCCUAGCCAGAGCCUUGACCAAUCGGCAAGAAAAGAGCCAGAAGAGCGGUCUUUCCCUGCCCAGGAACAAGAGGGUUCUGUUCCUGCUUUAGAUCUAAGAGCUGAGCCAUCAAAAUUUGCGCUGUCCAUGUUUGGAGAUAGGCUUGCAUCAGUGUAUGAAAUUGAGGUCACUGACAGAUGUAUGUUCUCGUUACCAGGAGCUCCUACGAGUGCAUUCUCUGGACCAAGUCCGGAUGACGUAGUUGUUGCGGCCCAAAGUUCUAGUAAAGGCUUGAAUGGAAAGGCCGCUUCUAAGAAUGACCCAAAAGCCUUGGCAGAUGCCAAAGCGCUGAAGAAAGUUGAAGCAGCCAUACAAGCAAUUAAUAUUGACAAUGCACCUGUGAAGCAGCGAAAAAAGAUCGAUGUUCUUCAAGAAUAUAAAAAUUCAACGGCGAAAGAAAACGCAAACUUUGUAGUGAUAGGGCAUGUCGAUGCUGGGAAGAGUACUCUCAUGGGGAGACUCCUUUUAGACACUGGUGUAGUGGAUCAACGAACAGUUGAAAGGUUUAAACAGGAGGCAGAGAAGAUAGGGAAAUCAUCCUUUGCACUCGCUUGGGUGCUGGACCAAACAGAAGAGGAACGAAGCAGGGGGGUUACAAUGGAUAUUGCCGUGAACAAAUUUGAGACUGAAAAGGCUCGGUUUACGAUCUUAGAUGCCCCGGGUCAUCGCGAUUUUAUCCCAAACAUGAUUGCUGGUGCAUCCCAAGCCGACUUUGCAGUGCUUGUUAUUGAUUCUUCAACUGGGGCCUUUGAAGCUGGGUUCCAUUUGAGGGGGCAAACCAAGGAGCAUACACUACUCGUCAGAAGUAUGGGUGUUCAACGGAUAAUCGUAGCCGUAAAUAAACUUGACUCGGUAGAAUGGUCUCAUGAGCGAUUCGAAGAGAUCGAGCAGCAGAUGACCCAAUUCCUUACACAAGCUGGGUUUGCCUCAAAAAAUAUCAGCUUCAUACCUUGUAGCGGAUUGACAGGUGGAAAUAUCGUGAAGAAGCCGAAAUCUGGCCUCAUUCCUUGGUACUCCGGGCCAACAUUAGUAGAAGAACUUGAAAAAACGAAACCCCUAACACGCGCAAUUGAAAAGCCAUUACGACUUACAAUCUCGGAUGUUUUCAAAGGUGGAAUUAUGAACCCAGUCUCUAUUUCUGGCCGAAUAGAGGCCGGGAGUCUUCAGGUUGGGGAUAACAUCAUUGCCAUACCUAGUGGUGAAAGUGGAAUUAUCAAGGCAAUCGAAGUUGAUGAAGAACCCACUGAUUGGGCGGUUGCUGGUCACAAUGUUGUUAUUCACCUAUCAAAUAUCGAUAUGGUACAUUUAAGGGAGGGUGAUAUUCUCUGCGAUCCAACAAAUCGUGUUACUCCCCAAAGUUCAUUCACGAUAAAAAUACUUGCCUUCGAAGGACUUACACCCAUGAUGGUUGAUGUUCACAGGGGACGGCUUCACGCGCCAGGAAAAGUUGUUUAUCUUCUCUCAACGCUAGAUAAAGCAACUGGUGUUGUUCUAAAGAAAAAGCCAAGGCAUAUCACCGCUGGGUCACUGGCGACUGUAAAGGUAGAGCUUAUGGGUAACCCUAUCCCAUUGGAGGCGGGCUACAGGGUGGUAUUGCGAAGCGGUGGACAAACUGUUGCCGCCGGAAUUGUUGAAUAG